GUACCAAGUUUCAUCAACAUACUAUCUUAUUUUACUAAAAUUAUCGCUUGAACGGACUAACGAAUGGACAGACAGUCAAUCAGAAUUCAGUUCAUCUCAUCAUUCGGAUAAGUUAUAGUUACAUAUAUACAGAUAUAUGUAUGUAUACCUCUACAUCUACCUCGAUUAGUUUUAGCCGCUACGAACAGCCGUUAGGUAAACAAAACUUUGCAGCAAUAUGUUGCGAGAGAAAAUAACGGUCUGCUCUUUUAUCUAUCGGAAUUUACUAAAUACUACAAUAGUUGUAAUCGCCCCAUUAUAGUAAACUUCCUAUUCUCAAUAGUAUAAAACAACAGUUUCGUAUUUCUUUUCUAAUCAUUCGAUAAAAAUUUCCGAAGCCAUUCACUGGAAAAUAUUAAAAUUAUACUUGAAUUAUUAUUAUUAUAUAAUUUUUUCUUUUUUCUUUGCAAAUCAUUCCUCCUGUUCAAUACCAAACCUCAGAAUCUAGGAUUGUAACGAAAAAACAUAAAACCAAUAUGUGGGAGGAGCUCGCUAGCUAUAAAAAUCAUUUCCUCCAACUCGAGGUGGAGCACAUGAAGAGGGAAACUAUAAACGAUUUGGUUACCAAAGAAUACUAUAAGGUAAAAUCAAAACGUUGUCGUUGUAAGUGUCCGAACGAUGAUAAUUGCUCAAGUUCGGCCUAUUUUCGUGACCAUGCCGCGUUAGCAUAUGGCUUUCAAUGUAUUGAAAAAUUGACUUACGAUAUGUGUAGUGAUGAUCCGCUGCUCAGAUGGCAGGCUGUGAAUUCAUUAACCGAGAUAAUACUCAAUCCGUGGCAGGCAGAACGUGCCAUCAUUCAAUUCGAUUUGGUGAGAAAGUGUAAAAAUAUGUUCUUCCGCUUACAAAAUGGAUAUCUCAAGGAAUUCUUCAAUGAACACAGACAAUUAAUGAAAAUAUUUUACUUAGUUUCGAGCUACCUAAAUGGUGCUCAUGCCAUUGUUGGGCGCUUACAUUUGGUUGAAGAAUUCUAUUCGAUUAUCUAUAAUCAUGGGAAUACACGCUAUCUGGCUUGCAAGAUACUACGAAACUUGACUGAAAAAACAGAGAUACUGCUCUUUCUCCUCAAUGAAACAUCAUCAUUUCAAAAUCUCUCAAUUAUUUUCAAUGCUGACCCAUGCACGCCCUUCUAUCCCUAUGCAUUGUGGGAGCAUCUUUCCCAUUUCUUGGAAAUCGCACCGAAGUUGGCCAUAAAAGCCGGUUUCUUUGAACUAUUAUAUGAACGCAUAAAGAAUAAAACGCUCUUCUAUCAUGAGCUUUGCAUGAAAUGCUUUGCCAUGCUCUUACGCUGUGAGGAGGGUCAGCAGUGUUUCGAUAAGAUUGAUGGCGUAAAAUUGUUGUAUGACAUAAUCGCGGAUGAGCAGAAACAAUUGGAUAACUAUGAAUAUGUGAUGUUGGCUUUGCAGCACGGUUUAGUGAGCAAUCGUUCGUUAUGGCGUUGUCGUGAGUUUACCCAUCUGCCGAACCGUGUUAUCGAGUUAGCCAAGGUGGAGAAUAGAAACUUGCAAUUGGAAUGCUUCAAGUCUCUUCGUCUCCUAUCCGCCAUGCCAUGCGUAAAGGCUUACAUACUGCAUGGUUGCAUGUCCGGUUUGAUGUCAAUCAAGUGUUUGAAUGAACAGAAUGAGUGCACUCGUGAUUCGUUGGCUGAAUGGUUGAAUCGUGACAUUUGUGAUUCGAGUGAAAUGUGAUUUUUUAAAUUCAGUUUGUAGUUUUAAAAUUCAGCAAUGUUUUUAAAACUAAUUUUGAAUAAAAAAAAAAAAAUGUUUGUCAUUAUAUGUUAAGAAUA